AUGAGACAUUUUAAGAAUGCUUUUGUUCUGUUCUUUAAAUCAGCAUAUCGGCUAGGUGUUCAUGCCAGUGAUGGAGGGUCACCGUCUCUUAACGCAUCGUCGAGUGUUAUUAUUGAAAUUGAGGACGUUAACGAUAAUGUUCCAAUUUUUGCCCAGUGCAAUAUGACUGCUGUCGUGCAGGAAAGUGCCACCCGCGGAUACGUCUUAUUAACAGUUUCGCUAACGGACGCGGACACUGAGCCGAACGCAGGACCGUAUGAAUUGGAGAUUAUUGGUGAUGGAGCGUCGUCGUUUGCGUUCGACUCGAAUAUGAAUCUUAUCACAAAAUCGUUACUUUCACAUUCCAAGAAAGAUGUUUAUUUACUUACGGUGAAGGCAACUGACCGUGGAGGUCUGUCAUCGGAAUGUCCGUUGACAAUCUAUGUGAAAGAAGAGAGUCGUCAUCCGCCGGUCAUUGAACCUUUAAUGAUCACUUUGAACACGCUGAUGGGCGAAUUUCUCGGUGGAAAAAUCGGCAGAGUUCAUGCUCGAGAUGAUGUUAGCGUUUUUAAUAUUUUGGGUUGA